UUUCAGAGAUUAACACAAAAAGAUGCUUGGGGCUACUAACUCGUGAGCAAACCACAUAAAGCUGCCCAUGGGAGAAGCAGCUGGUCCUGAGAUCUACGCCUGCAGCCUUACUGUUACCAGGCAAAACACAAGAGUUCUGUCCACACUGUGCAUUGCGCUUCUGUGCUACAGCCACACUGACUGUAAAAUGCCUAUUAUUCUACCACAGCUUCCCGAGUCUAUGUUUUCUAGCUAUGAUCCAAGCUAUGUACCAGGAUAUACAGGUUAUACACAGAAGAUUCGAAGUGAUAAGGGUGAAAUAUAUGGCAAUGCGACUUUUAAAUCAGCAGAUUAUGAACCUGGCCUCCAAAGACCUUCACAAUUACAUGUCAGCGGUUGGGGUGGUAAUCACAGCCCUUUAAUUAAUGUACAGUUGGGUGGAAAAACUUCUAAUACAUCUAGAGGACAUACAGGAAACUGGAACAAUAAAAAUGGAUAUUUUCAUCCAUUAAAUGGAAAGUAUUCUUUUGCCCGAAUGAACUACCCUUACAAUGGAAAUCCUGAGAAUUCAUCUGCAAUAAAAGCAAUAGAAGAAGUAAAAUAUGAAUUGAGCAGGCCUGCAAACUGGACUUCACCUGAAAAUGCCACAUUUGACUCAUUAAGAGAUGGUAUUAUAAGACAGUCAUCAUUUCAUGGGAGAAAUGAACAGUUUACUGGAACUUCAAGUUUCCCUUCUUAUAGAAAAGCAAAGAUGAUAAAAAAGUUCCAGAAUGAUAUUACUGAAAGACCGCUGUCUACACGGUUAUACAAUACAAAUGAUUAUCUCCAAAGAAGACAAGGCAAAUUAAUUUACAGAACGGAUUGUGGGCUCCUUCCUAAUUACUCUGGAUAUAUACCUGGACAAAUGUUUGCUAUAGGAAACACAUGGGGGAGGAGCAGUGUGAAUGCCCUAGAAAAGCUGCAUGAACAAUCUUUUCAGUGGACUUCUCUUAUUUAAAGCUGUGGCAAGUGGAGGCAGCCAGAUAUACACCAGUUACUGUACCUGUGUAACCUGAAACUAACUAGACAAAGAUCUAUUGUUACUUAAGUGUAAAUUAAAACUUGUUGCACAAUUUCA